AUGGCACCGAGAAGCACAGCAGCAGCAGUCGCAGCAGCGCCGGCUGCGGACCCCGAUGUCGCAGCGCGUGUCAGCGUAUGCAAGCAACUAAGGGACCUGCUCGCUGCGCUUGAGUGCGCGGCGGAUACUGAGUGGCCGCCUGCAGAGGUGUCUGGCCAGCUGAGAGCCAUCGCCGGGCAGCUGGAGGCGCAACAGCAGGGCCAGCAGCAGCGCGAAGCUGGAGCGCUGGCCACGCCGUGUGCAUCCGGCACCACCGCCACUGCCAGCCAUGAAGUUAUUGAGCAGCUAGAGAGAAGCUACCAAGCUACCACGUCAGCAGCGACGGCGGCGCCCGCUGCGGCGCCGCCGGCGCAGCCGCAGACCAAGCGGCGCAGGCGUGCCGCUGGAACAGCAGCCGCCGCCGCCAAGCCGCUCGACUUCUCGCGGUACCGCCAGCGGUACGUGGCCCUCCACCUGAUGUACCUCGGAGGGAAGUACCAUGGCCUGGCGCGGCAGCCGGACACUGAAAACACUAUUGAGGCGAGAGAUGCUCUUGAGGGUCCCUUUGGGGCAGGGGGGCAUGGCGUGUUUUUCGCGGCGCUACGUCACGUGCGGCUGAUCCCCCCAGAGGCGGAGCCUUCCUCCCUCCAGUACUCGCGCUGCGGCCGCACCGACAGGGGCGUGAGCGCGCUGGGCCAGGUCCUGGCCAUCAAGCUGCGCUCUGCAGCGCGCGCCGACGAGCCCCCGCUGCCGGCAGACGAGGAGACGGACUUUGCAGCCAUCAUCAACAGGGCCCUGCCUUCAGACAUCCGCGUGCUGGGGUGGGCUGACGUCAGCGACGGCUUCAGCGCCAGGUUUGACGCGCGCACCCGCGAGUACAAGUACUUCAUUGUGCAGGACGGGUCGCUCGAUCUGGCGGCCAUGCGCGAGGCGGCGGGCGCGCUGGUGGGGGAGCACGACUUCAGGAAUUUCUGCAGGGCCGACGUCCUGCAGGUCCGCAACUUCAGGCGCAGCAUCCUCAGCGCCUCCAUCGACCGCGUGCCCGCGGCGGCCGGCGACUGCCAGGUCUACGCCCUGUGCAUUCGGGGCACCGCCUUCCUUUGGCACCAGGUCCGCUGCAUCGCGGCGCUGCUGCUGAUGGUCGGCCGCGGCCUGGAGGCGCCCUCAAUCGUGGCCACCCUCCUCGACGUCACCCGGGUGCCCGCCAAGCCGCAGUACAACUACGCGCCUGAGGAGCCGUUGAUGCUGUACGCGUGCGAGUUCGAGGGGAUCCAGUGGGUCAGGCGCCCGCGGGCGCUGGCGCGCGCGUGCGAGGACGUGAGGGGCCACAUGGACCGACACCUGGUCGCCGCCGCGAUGUGCGGCGCGAUGCUGGACACGCUGCUGCCGCAGCUAGGGGAGCCUCCGCAGCAGGGGCAGCAGCAGGCGGCGGCGGCGGCGGACGGCGGCGGCGGGGAUGGCGGCGGCGGCGGUGGCGGCGGAGGCGGCUGGGGCGCGGGCGGGCCGGCGGCGGCGGCCGCAGCGGCGGGGCACCAGCCGCGGCGCCCCGUCAUGGCAUCCGCCAAGACAAAGCUCUCACAGGGCGAGCUGGCGCAGCAGUGCCUGGUGCGCGCUCCUGCCCCUGUGAUCGACAUCGGCGUCAACCUGGCAGAUGACGCGUUCGACAAGGACCGCGCCGAGGUCCUCUCCCGCGCCGCGGCCGCCGGCGUCGCCGCCAUCAUUGUCACCGGCUGCAGCGUGCGCUCCGCCGCCGCCGCCGCCGCUCUGUGCGACGGCGCCUCGCCGGUGCCGCUGUUCUUCACGGCGGGCGUGCACCCGCACAACGCCAAGGAGUGCGAUGCAUCGACGCUGGACGAGCUGCGGCGGCUGGCGCGGCACCCCAAGUGCGUCGCGAUCGGUGAGUGUGGGCUGGACUUCAACCGCAACUUCAGCCCCCCUGACGUCCAGGUAGAGUGGUUCGAGAAGCAGGUAGCCCUGGCCCUUGAGCUCAACAAACCCCUGUUCAUGCACUGCCGCGACGCCGGAGAGAAAUUUGCCGAGAUCCUGCGUGCAGCAGACCCAGCAGCAGCGGCCCGCGAAGGCGGCGUGGACGGCGAUGGCGACGGCGCGUCGGCGGAUGGCCAGCGGCAGCCGGCGGUGGCGGGUGUGCUGCACUGCUUCACUGGGAAUGAGCAAGAGCUGCGGGACUGCCUUGGACUAGGGCUGUGCAUCGGCAUCACCGGUUGGGUCUGCGACGACCGGCCUGAGCGGGGCGGCGCUGAGCUGGCGGCGCUGCUGCGAGACAUCCCUGACGGCCGCCUGAUGAUCGAGACCGACGCCCCGUACCUCGUACCUCGGACGAUCAAGCCGUCCAAGGCGCGGCCCCACAGGAACGAGCCGAGCCUGCUGCCGCACGUGCUGGCGCAGGUCGCGGCUUCGCUGGGGCGGGGGGAGGCCGAGGUCGCCGAGGCGACGUCGCGGGCCGCGGCUCAGUUCUUUGGACUACCUGCAGAGGUGCUGGCAGCGCAGCGCGGUAGCUAG